AUGACGGGUACCAUAGACGCAAGGUUUUUGCGUGGCUGCCCCUCAUUCUUUGCCUCGGCGUUUUUUGCCGCGGGGUUGGGCGGGCUCUCGGGACAACGAGUCAAGCACAUUGCCACGACUACAGAUACCAUAUACGCACAAACCAAGGCCUCCCUGCCCACCAUGUCUGCACCGCCUGCCAGCGCCAAAGACUCGAUGAAGUCGACCUGGCGCACCUGGGACCGGAAACGCUGGAACCACAACCACUGGAUCCUGCACAUCAUCAACCCGUUCCACCGCGACCUGGACCGCGCGGUGCCUGUCCACGCCAAGACGGACAAGGUGCCCAACGUCAGCACCACGGACCAGCACGUCUGGAUCCUGCUGCACGCGGCCGUCGUCCUGGCCGUCCACCAGUCCUGGCUGUCCGUCACCGGCAUCCGGCUGCCGUUCCUCGCCGCCGUCGGCUACUACACGGCCGGCUUUCUCUGGGUCGUGGUGCGGCAGCUGCACACGAUCCGGGAGCUGGGACACACGUACGGCUUCCUGGACGGCGAGAGCGAGCGCGACGGCAUCCCCGACGCCGGCGUCUCCCGGGUCCUCGGCGCCGGAUGGAAGACGGCCGGCGGCCGCAUGCUGCUGGCCGCCUACCUCGUCUACACGCCGGCCUCGUCGCCCCUCGCGGCCAUGAGCGCGCUGUCCUGGUGGGUGUGGCUGCCGUUCCAGAUCGGGCUCUACGGCGUCGUCCUCGACUUUUGGUUCUACUGGUACCACCGGGCCAUGCACUCCGUCGGCGGCCUCUGGCAGUUCCACCGCACCCACCACCUGACCAAGCACCCCAACGCCAUGCUGUCCGCCUACGCCGACGACGUGCAGGAGUUCUUCGACAUGGUCGGCAUCCCCUUCCUGACCUUUCUGACCUUUCGCGCCGUCGGCAUCCCGCUCGGCUUCUACGACUGGUUCGUCUGCCACCAGUACACGGCGUUUACCGAAGCCGGCGGCCACAGCGGCCUCCGCCUCAACAUCCAGGCCGCGACCCCCUUCAGCCCCAUCCUCAACUACUUUGACGCCGAGCUCAGGAUCGAGGACCAUGACCUGCACCACCGCAAGGGCUGGCGCAAGAGCCACAACUACGGGAAACAAACCCGUGUGUGGGAUCGGUUAUUCGGCACUUGCCACGACCGCAUCGAGUUGGUCAAGGAAAAUGUCGACUAUACCAAUCAGGCUCGGAUUCCGCUAUUUUAG